AUGUCAAGAUUUGGUUUAAUCAAACGUAGGGUCAAAUGGAAAUUAAUGACUCUUUCAUGUCUAUUAGUUCUAUUUUUUAAACUCCAUUAUGAUCUACGUCUUUUGGAGUCAAUAAGUACGAUGCAAGGGAUUAGGUUACGAUCGACAACUUAUGAAGAAGAUACAUUUCAUGAGCUGAUUAAACCGAUAAAUCAUUUUACUAAAGCUGCAUCAACUUUGUUAAUUAUCACAACAAAUAAUCAUCUUGAUGUAACAAAACAGUGCAUAAGAAGUCUAUCUGUACUAGAAGAUAAUUUGGAUAUUUUAUUUAUUGAUGAUGCUAGUACAGAUAAGACUGUAGAAUAUAUAAAAUCUCAUAAAUAUUCAAUCAUAUCAAAUAAUAGACCUCAUGGUUUAACAUAUUCAUGGAAUUUAGGAUAUAAAUUAUGGAAAAAAAGGGAUUAUACUAAUUUAUUAAUAGCUAAUAAUGAUAUACUUAUUCCGAAGGGUGCUAUAACAGAAUUAAAUAAAUUUUUAAUGAAAUAUCCCUUCGUUACAUGUAUGAGUAGAUUAAAAGGAGUUGGUCAUUGUCCUGAACAAUCUAUUGAAUAUCGUUUUAAUUUAACAAAAGAUGAAAUAGAUUUUGUUAAUGAUCCAAUUAAUUAUCAAUUAGUUCAAGAUAAUCUUCAAAUUUUGUUUAGUGAUAAUAGGCAAACCAAUGUUCAUUAUCAUGUCCGUAAUCGUUUUAAUGGAUUUAUGUUUGGCUUUAGAAAACCAGAUAUUUACAAAGCAGAAUAUUCGAAAGGAAUACUUUUUGAUCCACGAAAUAUAGUUGUAGGUCAAGAAGAUGAAGUUAUCGUACGACUAAACCAUAAUUCUAUACCAUUAACACUUUGUAAAAGUGCAUUCAUAUAUCACUGGAAAAGUGUAACAAUUGGCCAAUCAUAUUACUUGGCAAGAAAUAAUUAUGACGCACGUGAAGAACUUUCAAGAUAUCAUCGUAAUCUCAAGAAUAAUCAUUUACAAAAACCAACGAUUGCAUUUGCUGUUUCUGACCCAAAACGUAAUCCAUUAUCAGGUGAUCUAUUUACAGCUAAAGAAUUUGCAUAUUCAUUAGAAAGAAUGCUGAAUUGGAAUAUAGUUUAUCUUUAUAGAAGAAAAAAUGAAUGGUAUAAUUUAACUGAUGUUGAUAUUCUUAUAGUGAUGUUAGAUGCAUAUAAUAUUUCAAAAAUAUAUGAUAGUAAACCAACAUUAAUAACAAUAGCAUGGAUGAGAAAUUGGUUUCAACGAUGGAUAUCAUGGCCAUGGUUUUCAAACUAUUUUUUUGUAUUAUGUUCUUCUAAUAGAGCUGCAAAAUUCGUGCAAAAACAUAAAUCUUUCAACAAAAUACAAGUAUUACGUAUAGCAACAAGUCCUCGUCGAUUUUCCAAAGGCAAUAGUCGUGUCAAUUUAUUAUAUGAUUAUGUUUUUACUGGUAGUUAUUGGAAUACUAAUCGAUCUAUUAUGAAUUUUAAUCCACAGAAGAUUUCAAAAUUUAAAGGAGCAGUGUAUGGUUAUGGAUGGAAUCAAACUAAUAAUACACUUCAAACAAUUUGGCAAGGAUUUGUUCCAUAUGAAAAAAUAGCUGAUAUUUAUCAUUCAACUAAAAUUGUAAUUGACGAUUCAAAUUUAGUUUCAAUCAAAUGGGGCUCAUUAAAUUCAAGAGUAUAUGAUGCACUUGCAUCUGGAGUACUUGUUUUAUCCAAUGAUAAGUAUGGUGCAUCCGAAAUUUUCAAUGCUACUUUACCAGUUUAUAAAGAUGCAAAUCAUUUGAUACAAUUACUUAAUUAUUAUUUAAAUCCAAAGAACAAACGCGUGUAUGAUACAAAACAGAAAUUCCUGCGCUCGAUAGUAUUGAAAAGUCAUACAUAUGAUAUUCGAGCACAAGAGUUUUUUAGAUAUUUAAGAAAAUAUUUAAAAUGUAAUAAGACAAAUCUAUUUGAUAGACUUUGUUUUCCUUUUUCACGUAUCUCAUUACCAAUAUGCAAAGUUCGAAAUCAAGAAAUAGAUCUUCCUGUAAAUCAAAUAUGCGUUAUAGUCCGUACCUUUUCAGGACAAAGAAAGCAGCUAUUUCCUAUGUUAACAUCACUAUUAGCGGGAAGUAAUUCUGUAAAGAUUUAUAUCAUAGAUACUGAUCCAUUACGAACAUCUUUUCCAACAUGGAUAGAUACGAUUAUAUCAGAUGUAAAUAAUGUUUAUCAAACAUGUCAAAUUUAUAAUCUUCACUAUCAUAUAAACAUUACACCAAAAUAUGGUUAUUAUGGUUACGAUGGUACUGAUAUUGCAAUGGACUUUAUUUUAAAAAAUGAUAAUUGCGCCUAUAUUAUGUUUACUAAUGGUGAUAACUUAUAUAAUAUCAAUUUAUUUAGUAUCAUAGAUGAAGCCACACUUCUUGGAACUGAUAUAAUUGCAUGGGACUUCAUAACUCAUCAUGUUCGAAAUGGAACAUUGAAUACAGCGAUAAAAGUGAAAUUUACUAGACAAAACGUUGACUUAGGUUGUGUACUUUAUGCAUCUAAGUUAAUAAAAGAAUCUGGUGUCAAAUUUUUACCUGAAAACGGAACAAAUGAUUUAUUUGCAAGAGACUGGCAUUUUGUGGAAAGUAUUUUAAAGAGCAGAAAAGGAAUAACCACAAAGCUCUAUCAUGAAGUUCUUCUAAUGCACCAAUAG